AUGGCACGAGGCGACGGGCAGGAGCUCGACAUCACCGUCUCUGUCGAGGACCCAAAGAAGACAGAUCAGGAAAAGAAGAAGGAAAAGCAGCGUGAAGAAGCCGCUCGCAAAGGACUCCCACCCUUCAACGAGAAGCGUGCCAAUGGCAAGGACAAGCCUGAGGAUGAGCUCAGCGAAGAGGAUCUUCAGCUCAAGAACGAGCUCGAGAUGCUCGUAGAGCGUCUCAAAGAGAACGACUCCUCGCUCUAUCGCCCGGCCCUCGAAUCACUCCGAACCCUGAUUCGCACAAGUACCUCUUCCAUGACCUCCGUUCCCAAGCCCCUCAAGUUCCUCCGACCCCACUAUCCAGAGCUCAAGACUCUUUACGAGUCAUGGAAGCAGGCGAGUGCCGACAAGAGCUUGUUUGCUGAGAUCCUCUCCGUUCUUGCAAUGACCUACUCGGACAACGGUCAGCGCGAAACUCUUCACUUCCGUCUUCAGGCCAACCACAUCGCAUCCGAUGGCAAGUCCGAAGAUCCAGGUCUUUGGGGACACGAAUACAUGCGCCACCUCGCCGCUGAACUCGGAGAGGAGUACAACGCUCGCUCGCAAGAGGAAAAAAACACAGACGAGCUCCUCGAGCUUGCACUCCAGGUCGUCCCCUUCAGUCUCUCACACAAUGCUGAAGCUGAUGCCGUCGAUCUGUUGCUUGAACUCGAGGCCAUCGACAAGCUGCCACAAUUCGUCGACAAGGACACCUAUGCACGUGUCUGUCUUUACAUGGUCAGCUGUGUCAACCUCCUUGUUCCUCCCGAUGACAUCAUGUUCCUCCGCACUGCUCACGAGAUCUACCGCAAGCAUGAACGCUACACCGAAGCUAUGACACUUGCGCUUCGUCUCGGCGACAAGGAUCUCAUCCGAUCCGAUUUCGAGGCACCCAAGAAUCCUAUCAUGCGCAAGCAGCUCGCAUACAUGCUCGCAAGGCAACACAUCCCUAUCGAAUGGCUUCAAGACGAAGAUGACCCGAUCACCGACAACGAGCUGCUCGACAUCAUGUACAACUCGCAUCUCUCGCGUCAUUUCGUCAACUUUGGCAAGGAGCUCAACGUCUUUGAGCCAAAGAGUCUCGAGGAUAUCUACAAGACUCAUCUCGAGAACUCGCGCACAGGUCUCGGUGGAUCGGUCGAUUCGGCUCGUGGUAACCUUGCCAGCACUUUUGUGAAUGCAUUCGUCAACGCAGGUUUCGGCAAUGACAAGCUUAUGGUCGACGCACCUGAGGGUAACUCGUGGAUCUACAAAAACAAGGACCACGGUAUGCUUUCUGCCGCUGCUUCGCUCGGUAUGAGCUUGCUCUGGAACACCGAGACGGGUCUGGAUCAGAUCGACAAGUACUCGUACUCGUCUGAAGAGGCUAUCAAGGCCGGUGCUUUCCUUGCUUAUGGCAUCGUCCACUCUGGUCUGCGAUCCGAACUCGACGAAGCCAUGGCGCUGCUUUCCGAGCACAUCGAGUCCAAGAGCAUCACUCUCAAAGUUUCUGCCAUCGUCGGUCUUGGUUUCGCUUACGCCGGCUUCUGCCGCGAGGACAUUGCUGCGCUCUUGUUGCCCAACAUCCAGGACGAGACAACACCUAUGGAGGUAGCUGCUAUGUCGGCGCUCUCUCUGGGUUUCAUCUUUGCCGGCAGCUGUCAUGGUGAGAUCACACCCACUAUCUUGCAGAGUAUGAUGGAACGUGAUCCAUCGCAGCUUGACGACAAGUGGGGAAGGUUCAUGAUCCUCGGUCUUGCGCUGUUGUUCCUGGGCAAGCAAGACGAGAGUGAUGCAACGAUCGAGACGCUCAAGGCGAUCGAGCAUCCGAUUAGCAAGCAGGCGCAGGUGCUCGUUGACAUGUGCUCAUACGCUGGUACUGGUAACGUGCUUAAGGUGCAGAAGAUGCUUCACUACUGUACCGAAAGACAGGCGCCAGAGACCACUGAGGAGGGUGCUGAAGGUAAAAACGCCAACGCUAAUGCUAACGGCAACGCUGAUUCGGAAAACGCCGAGUCCAGCGAGGAUAAGGACAAGGACAAGGAGAGCAACGAUCUUUUCCAGGCGUUUGCCGUUAUUGGUAUUGCGCUCGUCACUAUGGGUGAAGAAGUAGGUGCUGAGAUGUCGAUGCGUCAUCUUUCGCAUCUCAUGCACUACGGCGAGCCCGCGAUCCGUAGGGCUGUUCCUCUGGCACUGGCGCUUCUCAACCCUUCAAACCCAUCGAUGCCUGUUCUUGACACCCUCUCCAAGUACUCGCACGACUCGGAUCUGGAUGUGGCCAUCAACGCUAUUCUGGCUAUGGGUCUCGUUGGUGCUGGUUCCAACAACGCUCGUUUGGCACAGAUGUUGAGACAGUUGGCAGGGUACUACUACAAGGAGCCUGACUGCUUGUUCAUGGUUCGUGUAUCCCAAGGCUUGGUUCACAUGGGUAAGGGAACGAUUGGAAUUAAUCCUUAUCACACGGAUCGACAGUUGAUGUCUCGUACAGCGGUCAGCGGUAUCUUGGCAUUGUUGGUUUCCAUGACGGAUGCACGCGGAUUCGUACUUGACCAGGCGCACUGGAUGCUGUACUUUCUCAGUCCGGCUAUGUAUCCCCGCUUCCUCAUUACAUUGGAUGAGAAGCUAGAGGCGUUGCCUACAAGCGUUAGGGUGGGUAAGGCAGUUGAUGUGGUUGGACAGGCAGGUAAGCCAAGGACGAUUAGUGGAUUCCAGACUCAUACAACACCGGUUAGAGUCGGUACGUAUGAGAGAGCGGAGUUGGGUACAGAGGAGUAUUUGAGCUAUGCACAUGUUUUGGAAGGAUUCAGUAUCUUAUUGAAGAAUCCCGGGUAUGUUAAGGAGGAGGAUCUUUAG